AUGAUACAUAGAACUUCAUCAUCCAGGCGACGCAGAGCAUCCAGAAGUGCUGCUACUUCUCCACAAACUAGGUCUCCAAGACCAUCAGCACAACCCUCAAGGAGAGCAUCGCUGGCUACUACAGAGACUGAUGAUGAAACAGAACCAAUCCCUCAAAGAAGUCCGAGAGCUAGCUUAGCUCCUGACGCUGCUUUAGAUUUGUAUCAUCGGAGUCCAAGACAUUCAUUGGUACCCGAAACAAGAUCUGCACGCAAUUCCAUUGUACCGGAUACAACACCACAAAUAAGAAAUAGUCUCACACCUACUAGAAAUAACUUAGGAGUUGAUUUAGCUUAUGGUUCCAGGUUAAGCCUUAACCCUCAGGAUUUUAAUAGAAGUCCAAGAAAUAGUAUUACGCCUGAUGUUACAGCAAGGAGUCCCCGACGUAGUUUGGUGCCAGAUGGGACAUCAUGGAACCAGCCAAGAAACUCCCUCGUUCCUGAUGUAGGUAGAAGUCCUAGGCACUCAGUUGCAAGCAUUCAAAUUGAUCCGGCACGACACCAAAAAGAACUAGGUCCCAGUCCUAGGACAAGUCCAAGAGGCAGUAUAGCACCUGAUACCUCGUUGAAAAACACCGAGUGUCCCGAUUACGUUAGAACACCUCGGGGCUCUUUGAUUCCAGAUUCUCAAAGAAGCCCCAGAGGUAGUAUAGCACCUUCGGAAAGAAGUGCAAGAGGAAGCCUGGUGGCAGGAGAGUUAGAUGCUGCGAAGAUUAGUCCCAGAGGCAGUCUUACUUUGACCUUUCAAGAGCCUUUGGUGUCAAGGGAAAGGAGGGCAAGUGAGGAAAGUCAAAGUGCUGGUACAAGAGGUCGAAGUGUUUCACCUUAUAGAGCAUCUUUAACCGGUCGACAAAGUGGCACUGGUGCUCUUUCUGAAACCGGUUCUAGAAGAGCUUCAAGUUCCGUAAGUCAAGUAUCUGGCGAUGAGCAAAAGCGACUAUGCGGCGAGCAAGCAAAGUACACCGAACGCAGCUUGGGAUUGGGAGUGGGCUUAACAACUUAUGGCUCUGUUGCUUAUCAGCUAAAAGAUGCAAACAUGGAAGCGUCGAGUACCGUAGACUUCGUGUGCAGAGCCGCUAAAAUAAUGAAUAGAACUAUUCUGAUGACAGUUUUUCUAGCAUGUCUUUCCACGUUGCCAGUUAUAAUGUUGAUAAUGGGUGUGCAAUAUAUACGCGACUGCCCUGCCGAGCCACGGAUUCCAGUGUACAUGAUAGUCGGUGGAGCAGCAGGCGGGGCCGGUAUAUGUUGGUUGUUGUGGGCUCAGUUGGCGAGCAGAACUUCAAACUCCUCAGCUAGUGUGCCUGAGAGAGUACUCGCUUAUACACUGACCGUUUUUCUAAUGGGAUGGUUUGCGUUCGGGAACUAUUGGACGUUGGGCAUUCUGUGGCCAGACUAUGCACCAACGCUAUUCGAGCCGAACCAGUGGUGCCACAGAACCCUAUACGUGUUCGCAAUCACGCAACUUGGUGUUGUGUGGGGAGUCAUAGCGUUAAUACUAUUGCUGUUUUUGGCUCUUGUUGUUUGUCAAGUAUUCGGCUGCGGCUGGCUCGGGCCCCCGAGAUACAAGUAG